AUGAGUCGAGGUGGGAGCUUUGGAGGCGGACAAAGCUCGUUAGGUUAUCUUUUUGGAUCAGACAAUGAGAUUCCAAAAAAUCUUCCACCGGUUGCCCCAAAGCCUACACCACCGUACGGCGUAGACUCCACCGACGACGAAAAAGCUGACCAAAAGCCCAAGAUAUCAAACAACAACAACUACCCGAGAGCUCAGGGCCAAAACUCCGGCAACUUCGUCACCGAUCGUCCAACGACGAAGGUGAAAUCAGUUCCUGGUGGAAGUUCAUCUCUUGGAUACUUAUUUGGAGAUAAGUAA